GGAGUCUGAAAGUCAAAAUCCUCCAAACAGCGCUCAGGAGUUUUGCCGGCUCGUUAAACCCCGCGCGGUCUGGCAAGGAUGCCACGUCUCCAGGUCAAUGGAUACUCCGUGUAUAUAAGCUGUGACGACGAAGAACUCGAAGCGUAUGACGUACAAAAUGGGGACAGCACCGCAACCUGCUGGAUUGCAAGCGAGGAAGGGAAGAGAUUAAUCGUGAAGUGGGAAGAUUCGUCCGCAAAAACGCACAUGGCCGUCGAUACGUACAUGGACGGCCGCCUGGUAGACUCUUUGGAGCACCGUGCGGCAAUCACGGGCUUCUGCGAUGGGGUAUAUGAGACAGGAGGGCGCAAACGGCCGUUCAUCUUCGCUCCGUUGGUUCUCACAGACGACGAGAGCCUUGUAUGCGCCGGGCCCAACGAAGAGCUAGGAACCAUCCGCGUAACCAUGUCAUUGACAUGUAGUGCGGGCAAGCCCAGAUCGCGCGUGCCCUACCCGGGCCUCGGGAGAGCGGUACCGGAAAUUGGAGCGAUGCACGAGAAGAGCAAGAAGGCCGGUGUCCAUGCAGUAUCCUUUGGAGAUCCAGAGGAGCUUGGAGAGUCUGAUGGCUUGUUCAAAUGGACCAAAGUAGAGAAAGAGCCUUUCGCGACGUUCACAUUCUGCUAUAGACCGUUAGAACUUCUGAAAGCGAACGGCAUUGUACCGCUUCGGUUUUCGCCGCCUUUGCCUUCACAAUCCUUGAAAGGGAAAAAGCGAGCCUCAGACUCUCAGGCCAGCGGUAGCGACGCUAGUCAGCACGACCAGAAACGCGUGCGCGUAGAGGCAAUCAAAUCAGAGGACGCGCCCAAGGUCGAGCAUGCCGAUGACGACACGCACUUCAGCGCCGCGGAGGACGUCAAUUCUCUAGAGGCGCAAUUGGUACUUCUACAGAAGCGCAUUGCGGACGCGAAGGCUGCGCAAAGAGCCGGUACGACCUUCAAGCGGGAAACUUCUCCCAUCCGCGUACAUCCCUCCUCAAGCUCUGAGGUCAUCGACUUGACCUGACCCAUUUUUUGGGGUGUUUCUGCAUGGCUCUUCGUCAAUAUCUACGCUUGUUGUCUUGCUAUGGUCUCCAUCCUCAAGUGCAC